AUCACUGCUAGCUUGCCGCUGGUGAAGAGCUCUAGCUAGGGGAGAGAAACCGUGGGAGAAGGCAGAAUACGUUUGAUUAAAAAUAAGUAAAGUUUGAGAUCGAUUAAUACCUGGCAACGUGGAACAAAGAAACUGAACAGGUAUCACCAGCAACUUGGCACCAUCUCUUCUCUCCCCUGGCUCUCCAGUGUUGCAAAAAAAAAAAUACACCAGCAAAACAGAAGAUACAGAUUUCAGCGAUUUUGGGUAAAAGGAAAGCUACGCCGCCACAACGCAAAGAGCCACCAAAGUUCAUACUCAAGUUUGGUGCCCUAACCAUUAUCCAAGCUUCUGAUUAGUCUGAAACCUCUUCAUCAUUCAUCAGCAUCACUCAGUUCUUUCAUCAGGUCAGUCCAUUUAAAGAAAAGCUGUAAACACUUCUUAGCACCGUUAUGGCCUCCAUCAACCAGUCAUCCGAACCCGAGAUCCCAGACAACCACAAAGAAAGCUGGCUGGCACUACUUUCUGCUGCGGAAACGUAUUGCCAAAAGUCUGGCUGCGACCUGGCCAUCCUUACAGCGUGUAAGAAGUUCCGGUCGUCGGCCGGAGACGGAGACGGGGUGAGGAAACGGGAGAGCAGCAGUGCCUUUCCGAGGGAGGGGGAUUUCUCCUAUAAUGUAUGGGGUCAAGGGUUUCUUGCUGAGUCUGCACGCCGCUACAUAGAUGACAUCGGCGUGCUGCACUCUACGACCAUGCUAACAGCCCAAAGGCACACACGCCAGGCGGGGGGAGAGGGAGGAACCAAGCUGGUGGUUGACCUGACCUCUGACCCCGGACACAGGGGGAGCUUUACAGGGGACGGCGGGGUGGGCGGAGUCAGCCCCAAUGGAAGAUAUUCCCAAAGCUACCCGUCAAUCUACAGCUCAGGUGCUCCCGGGCAAGGCGGCGGGCAAAACGGUAACGGAGAGCGGGAGCGGGAGAAGAGCGCGCUGGAGGCAACCGAGCAGGGGAGACAGAGAUCUGGGAUCGUGGAUUUGGAAGAAGAAUGUGAGGACGAGGAAGAGGAGGAGGACAUGGAUGAGAGGAGACCUUACGGGAACGAAAGCGCAGGCGUCUUCUCCAUGGACGAGGACUCUCUGUCUCGCGACUGUGAGCCAUUUUUCGAGUCUGACGGCGAGGAGGAGAGCACCGAUGGCUCGUUGAGUGAGGACGCUCCUCCGCCCUCGCGCAGCAUGGCCAUGGGUCAGGCCGCGUACUCGUCCCGGCACGCCCACCCCAUGGCUCUGGCCCGCUCUCUGCCCGUAUCUGUGCCCGUGUGGGGAUGCAGAGGAGGAAACAGAGCGGCUCCGGGAGACAGCAACAGCGGAGAACGGGUGGGCUGUGCCGACCUGGAGCAUAUUGCUGCCAGUAUGAAGGCCCUACUGGCCCCCGGAGCCACCGAUGGGACAGAAAUGUUUGGGGCCUUGCCUCGGCCCCGUCUCAACACAGGAGACUUCUCCCUCAAGCACUGAGAGAGAGAGAGAGCAAGAGAGAGAGAGAGAAAGAGAAAGGAAUAAGAGCGAGAGAAUAAGAGAGCAAAGGAAACGUGGAGAGAAGUUGUCGUGACAGGAGGCGACCUGGGUUGGCUGGCAGAUGUGACGUUCAGUAUGUGAAACGGUGUAAAAGCUAGUACCUCCAUUUUAUUUCUCAUUAACCAAAAUUAACGGCACAUGCUUCGAGGAGUAAUUGACAAAAAGAAAUGUUGUUAUGAACACUAAUAACGUUCUCAACACUAUACCUACCCACCUCAUCACUACACAUUUCACAGUACUAGCUACUACACGUCCCCCCCAACACUACAUUAGGAUUGGACCUCAAGAUGUGCGCAUUGUGACCCACAAGGACACUAAAACAGGGAGUUUAAUAGUGUAACUGGCACGGGCGAAUGUUACGAACCUUGAGUUUUUGGGAAGUUUGCCGUUUGGUCAAAUUACCUGUGAAGUGAUGAGAACUUUUAGGCGCCAGCUACCUGUACCCGGGUUGAUUGAUGUGUCCGGUUGCUCCAUGCUAACUUUAUAGCAGAUGCUUUGUUGAUUGAUAUUAUUAGCGCUAAAGCUACUAAUUCAUUUAUCAGCUUAGUUUAUCAUAAAUGAAACCGUAUGUGGCAAAAUGUGGCAUUUUGGUGUUGGAAACUUAAAGGUGCAGUGUGUAGGAUUUAGUGGCAUCUAGUGGUGAGUUUGCAGAUUGCAACAAACUGGUUACCCCUC